UUAAAGAACAUAAUGAAUUUGUUAAAGAAAUUAACAAAACAAAAUGAUGAAGCAGAAAUUAGAGACAAUAUACCUGUUCUAGUUGAAGAUAUAACAGUUGCGCCAGAACUCGAAAUGCUUCAAGAAGCAUUUAGUCAUCCUACAGAUUUACCAAAGGAUGUAGCAAAAAAUCAUUAG